UUGGGGAAGCAGUGUAAAUGAAUUGGGCCUACAGUAAUCCCAGGCUACCGCUUGAAACUCCAAUCCCUUAUCCUCUUUCUCUGUCUGUUCCCCCCUCUGAUUCUCGACUCUGCUCAUCUUUGUCUCUCUCUAUCUCCUCUCCUUUGUUCGUUUCCCCUCUCCCUCUGCUCGGUCGAUUUAAGGGGGUUUUAUCCUCGCCUCUUGAAACCCUCGAUCGAGCAGUCCCCGCGCUUUCACGCCUGUUCUUUCGAAUCGAUCGAGGGUUUUUCUUCUAUAUAGAGAGUGAUUGGUCGUGAGGAAGAUGGGGCUGACGUCUGGUUUGGUGGAUAUUAUGCGGAGACAGGCAACUGGGGACAUGUUUGCGGAGGUUGUCAUGGUCGUGGCUCCGCUGUGGGCUGCUGUAGUUGUGGGGGUUGUGGUGGGUUGGAUUUGGAAACCCAAAUGGGCGGAAUUGGGUGGAGAAACACUCACUUCCUCCACAUCUAAAUUCAAUUUUUGUUCAAUUCCAAGUUUGAAGCUUCAGCUUCUUCCCUGGAUUGCUGAUUAUGGUGUCGGAAAUUAUUCCCAAUCCUCUCAAAAUGCCAGCUUUAAUCGCAGCCUUCCUCCCCAGGUUGAGAAAGAGAGAUCAGGGUUGGUGGCAGAGGACGAUUUGAGGCAUUUAUGGAAGUUAGUCGAGGUUACAGAUGGCGGUCCUGCUUGGAUUCAGAUGAUGGACCGAUCGACCCCCACUUUCGCGUAUCAAGCUUGGAGGCGAGAACCUCAGAACGGUCCUCCCCAGUAUCGAAGUAGGACAGUGUUUGAGGAUGCCACUCCAGAGAUGGUGAGGGACUUCUUUUGGGAUGAUGAAUUUCGUGCAAAGUGGGACGAUAUGCUCUUAUAUUCUUCUACCCAUGAGGAAUGCCGUGACACUGGCACUAUGGUUGUGCAAUGGGUGCGAAAGUUCCCCUUCUUUUGUAGUGAUAGGGAGUAUAUAAUAGGACGUCGAAUAUGGGAUGCCGGCCGAGUAUUUUACUGCGUCACAAAGGGAGUAAAUUACCCGGCUAUACCAAGGCGUAACAAGCCACGGCGUGUUGACUUAUACUAUUCAAGCUGGUGCAUCCGCGCAGUUGAAUCAAGAAGACGGGAGGGUGAGAUGACGGCGUGCGAGGUGUUACUCUUCCACCAUGAAGACAUGGGAAUACCGUGGGAGAUAGCAAAGCUGGGAGUGAGACAGGGGAUGUGGGGGGCGGUGAAGAAGAUAGAGCCGGGUUUACGUUUGUAUCAGAAGCUGAGAUCUUCAUCGGCAGCAGGAGGAGGAGGAGCAAUGCCAUUAUCGGCAUCGGCUUCAAUGGCUCAGAUCAAUACCAAAGUGAAUCUCGAUGAUCUCUUCCUCGACAAAGAGAAGGGUUCAUCAUCAUCUUCAUCUCCGGUGGUUGAUUCCCCUCGGAGACCGUUGGGGAAGAUUCUGCUUGUGGGAGGGGCAAUUGCGGUGGCGUGCUCUCUGGACAAGGGACUCUUGACAAAGGCUGUCAUUUUCGGAGUAGCCAGGAGGUUUGCAAACAUGGGUGGUAAAAGGUUGUAAUUACAUGUUUUUUUUUACAUGUAUGUAGUUUGGUAAAAGAAAACAUUACCGUAACUCUUUGCCAAUGGUGGUUCAGCUUAUUAUAAAAAAGGGAGAAUAGAAGGUUUGCUUCUGCGUUUUAUGGA